GACAAGGCGAGACUGGAGUGACAGAGGGGGAAGGGGGCGGCUCAUAUAGAUAGACAAGGGAAGGAGCGGGGAAAUAAAACCUCAUGUGUGUCAUUCAGUGGAGUGGAUGAACGAACUCUGACAAAAUACAAUAAAAUAAAACAAAAGCUCGUUACAAAUUGUUGCAGGUAGUCUCUCGAGGGGGAACAAAGACAGACUGGGGGAGGAGCGCACGCUGCGAGGAGCCUAGAAGUUGUCUGUGAUUUUUCCAAACUUGAGGAAAGAAAGUCCCAAAAGAAGAGUCAACAACUUUCCCUCCUUUCCUCUCCUUGUUCUUUCCAUCUCUUUAUCCCCUUCUGGAGGGUUGAAGCCAUGCCAAUCAUUUCUGCAAACACAGGGCUACAUGAGACUCUGGCCAUUCUCACAUCUCAGCUCCACCCUGAUGCCAACCACAAAGAGGACCUGGUCUUCCUCCGAGACGUCUUCAGUGAGAAAAGCAUUGGUUACCUGAUGAAGAUCCAUGAGCGACUAAAGCAGUAUGAGAAAUACAGCCCCACUCCUGUCCUACACAGCGCCUCCUGUCUGGCAGAGGAUUUGGCAGAAGAACUUCAGAGCGGACCACUGCAGGAAGAUGAGCAAGAACUUCUCCUUUUGCUCAACACGCCCCACCUGAAGGCAGUGCUUUCAGCUCACGACAUUGUUGCCCAAAAGAAAUUUGACCCAGUUCUUCCACCGUUGCCUGAAGACUUGGAGGAUGAUUUUGAGGAAGAGUCUGUAAAGAUCGUCCGUCUGGUCAAGAACAAAGAGCCUCUGGGAGCAACCAUUCGGAGAGAUGAAGCCACAGGAGCCGUAAUCGUGGCCAGAAUAAUGCUGGGAGGGGCGGCUGACCGCAGCGGUCUGGUGAAUGUAGGAGAUGAGCUGCGAGAGGUGAACGGAAAUCUGAUUACCCACAAAAGGCCUGAUGAGAUUAGUCAGAUCCUGUCUCAGUCCCAAGGGCCGAUCACACUGAAAAUCAUCCCGGCUUUGGCAGAAGAAGACAGACUGAAGGAGAGCAGAGUCUAUCUUCGGGCUAUGUUUGACUACACGCCAUUUGAGGACAAAGCAACACCGUGUCAAGAGGCUGGACUUCCUUUUAAGAGAGGAGACAUUCUUCAGGUCGUUAGCCAGGAGGAUGCCACCUGGUGGCAAGCCAAGAAAGUUGGUGACUGCAACCUUCGCGCUGCCCUCAUCCCCUCUACACAGUUUCAGGAGAGGCGUCUGAGAUACAGAAUGAAGAUGAAUUCCCUCCCUGCUCCUCUGUCCCCCAAGGCUGCAGCAUAUGACCGGGCAGAGAAAGAGUCCCCUCUGCAGCAACCCCUCCCUCUUCUUACCCUGUUCUCUCUCCCUGUUUGUUGUCCAACAGAAGACUGUGACAGUAAGGGUGCUCUGAAUGGAAAGGACGUAGCCAGUUUACGCAGGAGCCUCAGACACAAAAAGGAUCGCCAGGGUUCCCCAGCAGAGGGCCACACUCCAGAAACCCAGCCGACUGAAUUCCGCAUUUAUGAGGAAGUUACCCAGUAUUUACCACAGCCUGGAGAGAAGCCCCGCCUUACAGUGCUGAUAGGUUCGUUAGGAGCUCGGGUCACUGAGCUAAAACAGAAGGUGAUUGCUGAGAAUCCCAGAUGGUUUGGUUUGGCUGUUCCACACACGACCCGAGGUAGAAAGCCCCAUGAGAGGGAAGGAGUGGAGUACCACUUCAUCAGCAGAGCAGCCUUUGAAGCAGACAUUCAAAGUGGGAAGUUUAUUGAAUAUGGGGAGUAUAAAGAUAAUCUUUAUGGCACCAGCUUAGAGUCCAUUCAUAAAGUUCUGAGACAAAACAAGGUUUGCCUAGUAGAUGUCCAACCAGAGGCCCUGAAGACGCUGCGAACAGCGGAGUUUAAACCAUUUAUCAUUUUUGUGAAGCCUCGCAUCCCAGACUGUCACAGAAAACACUUUGGCUCAUCUUCCUCACUCAGCGCUGGAAUCACAGAGGAGGAUCUUCAGGAAAUGAAACUGUCUGCAGAGAAGAUGGAUGAGAGCUACGGCCAUUGGGUUGACUAUGUAAUGUUGAAGGAGGACCCAGUGAGUGCCUUAGCAGAGCUCCAGAUGGUGCUGGAGAGGGUGCUGACGGAGCCCCAGUGGGUUCCUGUCUGCUGGGUGAGACGUUAGCCAAAUGAACUUCAUGACCAAACGGAAACCACUGUGCAAAGAGCCUCAACUAUCAUGUUACUGUUCCACACGCAAAUGUUUCGGUGAUGGUCAAAAAUGUCAUGGAGGAAAACUAAGUACACUCUAAAAUAACUGUAGCUUCAUUUUUAUUUUGGCUCAAUCUUUUCUAUCAAUGACUCAAUUCAUUGAGAUUAGCAGGCUUUUACUCCUGUUACACUCUGACAAGGUUAGACUAGUGUUUUGACCAGGUUGACCGCCGUACUUGGAGUAGGUCAUUGUUGCAUCUUGGUUUUUUUUUCCCCCUCUUUCAGCCACUCUACUUAAACAUUAUUUUCCUGUUGUUG